AUGGGCUUCUUUCUUCUUAACUCCCUCCUAUGCUUUAUUGCUAUAUCGGCAGCCAGCAUCUUCGAAUACGAGGCAGAAACCCAGCCUCUUCGUCCCUGUGAGCUGCGACGAGAAAAGGCCUUUCAAGAAGGUGAAGAUUAUGUCCCUCAGUGCUUGGAAGAUGGACAGUUCAGGAACGUCCAGUGUGACAAACUCCAGCUUUCGUGCUGGUGUGUAGACGAGAAGGGCGCAGAGGUGCCGGGCAGCAAACAGAAUGGCUCUUCUAUAGCAUGUUUGUCCUUCUGCCAGCUGCAAAAGCAGCGGAUCCUGGUCGGUCGCUACAUCAAUAGCAGCACCACGUCGUACAUCCCACAAUGUCUGGAUUCUGGUGACUUUGACCCGAUACAGUGUGACGUGGAUCUGCGGCAGUGCUGGUGCGUGGACGUGGAAGGGAUGGAAAUAUAUGGGACAAGGCAGAGAGGGAAGCCAACGCAAUGCCCUGGGAAAUGUGCGAUUCGAGACCGUCGUAUUCUGCACGGUGUUGGGGAGAAGAGUCCACCACAAUGCUCGGUCGAGGGGGAAUUUCUGCCCGUCCAGUGCAAAUUUGUCAACAGGACAGACAUGAUGGUGUUUGAUCUCCUUCAUCACUUUAACAGAUUUCCGGAAGCGUUCCUGACGUUCAGUUCCUUGAGAAGUUCAUUCCCGGAGAUCUCUGGCUACUGUUACUGUGCAGACGGUCUUGGGAGGGAGCUAGAAGAGACAGGUCUGGAAAUGUUACUUGACCAUGUUUAUGACACAGUUUUUGCGUCGAUGGAGCCCGCCCAAACCUUCAGCGAAACCAGCAUGUACAGGAUCCUGCAGAGGCGUUUUCUGGGCGUGCGGCUGGUGACCUCUGGCAGAUUCAGAUGCCCCUCCAAGUGUGAAACGGAGAUGUUCUCAGCCAUUCGUUUCCAACACAUGUAUAAGCCGUUGUGUGAUGAAAACGGAGCCUAUGAGCCGAUGCAGUGCCAGCCAGAUGGUCAGUGCUGGUGUGUGGACUCCAAAGGGCAGGAGAUACCGGGAACCAGGAGUCAAGGGCAGCGACCAGCGUGUGGUGAUGAACACACCUGUGUCUCUGAGAGACGAAGAGCGCUCUCUAACCUUUUCUAUGGACCCAUUGGACACUUUGGCCAGGACGCUUUGUACUCUGCUGCAGAGGAGUCCCAGAAAAUCGCCGGGUCCUCAAGAUCUUGCCCUCCUUCAUUGAAGGAACUGUUUCUGGAUUCUGGGUUGCUGUCAUCUGUCAUAGACACGCCAGAUGCCCCGCAGCUUCUCGCACUUGAAUCCGUUCUUAGCGAGGCUAUCAGGGGGAUGUUUCCUUCGCAAGAACUCGCUCGAGUGGCCCUCCAGUUUGCCGGCAACCGCAAGCGGUUCCAAGAAAACCUUUUCGGGGGGAAGUUCCUAAAGGAUUUGGCUCAGUUUAACUUCACUGGAGCCAUUGGCGCGAAUGGCAAAUUUAAUUUGGAACGGUUUUUCCAGGAGAGCAGGACGAGCGGCGGAGUUGCCGCACCGACGCAGCAGAUUUUGUCGGAAGCGCCAAAGGUCAACUUGAGCCGGCCUCCUGUGGGCAGUUUUGGCCAGACUGUUCAUUUGCAAGACAAUCAGAAGGCGGUCCAAUUUCUUGCUUCCCUCCUUGAAGACCCAAAGUUUUUCACUUUCCUGCGGCAGGUCAUUUCCGUCCCUGAAAGCGUUGCCGAAGAUUUAGGGGAUGCUGCAAAAAUAGUAUUGAGAUCCCAAGACUGCAAGGAGCAGGCUGAACAUUUGUUUGUCCCGGAGUGCACUAAAGAUGGAAAGUACAAGGAAAUACAGUGCUAUGCAGGGGAUUGCUGGUGUGUGGAUUCAAAUGGUAAAGAAAUCUCAGGAUCCAGAGUCCACGGCGAGCGUCCGAAGUGUCCUACAUUGUGUGAAAAGCAGAGGGACAGUAUGCAGCUCUUGAAAAGAAACCAGCCUGCAGGAUCUGAGCUCUUUGUUCCUUCCUGUGCCCUGGAUGGAAAAUUCCUGACGGUUCAGUGCCAUGGACGAAACUGCUUCUGUGUCAAUUCGGAAGGCAGGACGAUUCCGGGAAUUGCCACAAAUACAAGACAGCCCACGCAAUGUCCAAGCGACUGCCAGCUAGCGGGUAGUCAAGCUUUUCUGAGGACCGUGCAGCAGCUACUGUCGGAUCCCACCGCUCCGCCUCAGCUCUCCAGGGUCUACAUCCCACAAUGUACCUCCGAUGGCCAAUGGAGGCGGGUCCAAUGCGACGGCCCCCCCGAACAAGCAUUUGAAUGGUACCAAAGGUGGCUCGCCCAGAAUAACAAUGGCAGACCUCUCUCUUUUGAUGACUUGAUGGUCAUCCUCCUUGACUACAAAGAGAGAUCUCAGCCAAGCUUUGAGGUCUUCAUCAAAGCCCUCUAUGAAGCGGGCCACCAGAAUGUCUUCCCAGCGUUCUCUAGAUUCCCCUCCUUCGAUGCUGUUCCUCAAGCGGUCCGGGAAGGCAACAUCACAGGGGCUUCUCCGGAGAACGUUUUGCUGGCGCCGUUCACCUUCUGGCAACUUCUUCAGGGGCAGCUUAUCCAUUACCCAGGGCCUUACAGUGGUUUCAGUGACCCACUAGGACAUUUUGAGCUGCGCCGUUGUUGGUGCGUGGAUGAAAUGGGGCAAAUGCAAGGAAGCAAAGCUGAAGUGAAUGAGUUUCCAGACUGUCCUGGAGCAUGCCAAGCCGCUCAGCAAGAAGCCGUGCGGUUUACCGAGAAAGUGGAGCAGCUCAUCCGGGAGUCCGACAGCUCCCGCUUCCCUUUUGGGCAGAGCUUUUUAAUGGCAGAAGGGCUCACGCUGACAGAGGACGAACUCCUAAAUUAUUCUCAACCGGGGAUCACGUUUUCGGAAGAGUUGUUGCUGGGAGGGGAUUAUGCCAUCCGGCUGGCGGCGCAAUCCACUUUGCGUUUCUACUGGCGCCACCACCUCUUUGCCACACGUGGUUCUGCCGGGGAGGCCUUCCGUUUGGGAUUUCAGCCUUACACCCCACAAUGCGAUGGGCUGGGAAACUGGGAGCCUGUGCAGUGCUAUGACAGCUCAGGUCAUUGCUGGUGCAUGGACGAGAGAGGGCGUUACAUGUCGGAUUCUCUUGUGACGCGCUCGUCUCACCUGCCCAAGUGUCAGACCCCGUGUCAGCGCUCUCAAACCAACGCGUUGAUUUCCAGAUGGAAGCAGAAUGGGUUGAAACGUGAUGCGACUUCAGCAGACCUGUUUACACCUUCCUGUUUAGAGACUGGGGCAUAUACCGUGUUGCAGAAGUCAGACACAGAGGCCUGGUGUGUUGACCCUGCAUCUGGAGAAGUAUUCCAAAGAAGCAAUGUAGAUUCAAAAGGCAGAGUUCACUGCCCCAGUUACUGCAGCAUGCUGAAGUCCAAAGCUGUUCUGCGGGAACUUGGUAGAGGGCUUGCCCCUCAGUGCAAAGGCGAAACUGGGAUCUUCUCCCUUGUGCAAUGCGACAGCAACCAGGAAAGCUGUUGGUGUGUCUUUGAGAAUGGUAGGGAAGCUCCUGGGACACGAGACACGAACAGGAGGCCUGCGUGCGAACGUCCCCAGUGCCGCAUGCCUUUUGAUGCCCCUGCUGUCGUCAAUGGAGGAGUUUUUUGUAACAACGUGUCCACUGCGACUCCGAAGACUCAACAGUGCCGGGUGAUUUGCUAUCCGGGCUUUCACAAGGUGUUUUCCAGCGGGGAGGCGCUUCUUUGCAAUGUCGAGACCGGACUCUGGGUAGGAGAUCCACCCCACUCGCAAAUCUGCCAAAAGCCCCAGCCGUUUCAGAGCGUCGAGACCCAAAGUCACUUUCAACUCCUGCUGCCGCCUGAGAAAAUCUGCAGUCCUGACUACUCUGGAUUGCUAGAAGCCUUCCAGAUCUUCGUUCUGGAUGAGAUGAAGGCCCGUGGGCUUUGUCAUGUUCAGGUCAAUACCUUUGAACGCCUAGUUUCCGUUCCUGUUUGUGGUGAUUCCGCUAUUCUGGUAGAGUGUUUGUCCCCGGACCGUUUGGGAGUCAACGUCACGUGGAGAGCUUUGCUUGAGGAUGUCCCAGUGUCUUCACUUCCUGAUUUACACAACAUCGAAGAAGCUAUGGUUGGCGAUCUCAUUGGACGCUUUGAAACACUCAUCAGGAGUGGUGGCUUUGUCUUCCAUUUGGACUCCAAGCGCUUCCAAGCGGACACUUCCAUUACUUUCCUCAGAGAUGUGGAUUUCAACAUCUCUUCCAGAGUUCACCUUGGAUGCAAGAGUGGUUUCCAAAAGACUUUGACUGCAGAAGGAACAGCCCUGAAUUCCCAAGGGUGUGUGGUCUGUCCUCCAGGUUUCUACUUCCAGAAUGAGCUCUGCCUUCCGUGCCCCUCCGGAUUCUAUCAAGAGCAGGCUGGAAGCCUCUCCUGCAACACGUGUCCUUCGGGGAAAUCAACCGUCUCCCCUGGAGCUUUUAAAGCCGAGCACUGUGUUACUGCCUGCCAGAUGGAUGAACGAGGCUUGCAGUGUGAUGAAAAUGGCCAGUAUACACCUUACUUUGAAGACCCUGCUACCAACAAGUCACUCUGCGUCGAUAGCCUUGGAAAGAUACUGGAGUGGACUGAAACCGACAGACGGCUUACAGUCUCCCAGUGCCUAGUUCUCCGACGUUUCGAGAGAGUCCCUGCCUCCAAGCUUUCCAUCCCGACAGAUGAGGCAGAGACGGUUCGGUCUGAAACCAUCCAAGGGGAGCCCGACAGCGCACUUUGGCAGUGCAUUGCAGAAUGUGAGAAGGAUGAGUCGUGUGGGUUUGUCGCAUUGUCCACUGCAGGGACAGGAAUGUUGUGUGAGCUGUACAGUGCUGCCGAGAGCAAUUACAAUUGUUCUGCUUCUAGACUGGCUGAAGGUGUUUUUGACAACUCUGCCACCAUGAGCAUCACUCAGCUGGACUGCCGGAUUAAAGUAAGAAGCCAAGAUCAAGACACAGUGAGGGUCUACCAGAAAAAAGGGCAAGAAUUCACAAUAGCUGGAGCCAAGACCUUUGAGAGGACUGAUUUCCAGGAUGUUGUUUCUGGCGUGUACCGGAACCUGGUCCUGCCAGCAGCUGGGACAUCUUUGACAGAUGUUCAUCUCUUCUGCCGCCAAGCCUGCACCCAAGACGCCUGCUGUGAUGGAUUUAUCUUAAGCCGGAUCAUUCUGGAUGGAGGUAGCAUCUUGUGCGGGCUUAUGAGCUACCCAGAUGUGUUAAUCUGCAAUAUUAAAGAGUGGGAUGGAACCACAACCCGUGGGAGAGGAGAACAGUGUCAAAGAGAGAAAUACGCUGAAGAAAGGAAGCAGUACACAUUCCACCUGGGAGGUCAGGUGCUCACAGGAACUUCUGGGGCCAGAGAAGGAAAGGAUGAUUCUUUCAUCAGCUUUCAGCGUGUUUAUCUAUGGAGAGAUUCUGAUAUGGUUACUCGAAUGCGAUCCAGGGUGUGUGAUGCUGCAGUUGCCCCAACGCAAACAGAGCCGCUAUUGGCAGAUUCUACACUGGAACGUUUUACCUUGAUGGAAAACAGCCAAAUCCAUAUCGACCCACACCGUUCUCUUCCUUCCCAAGAGUACUGGAUCUUCAAGCACACAUACUCAGCGGAACAGGCCCGCCUCUGGUGUCUCACACGUUGUUCAGAAGAUGAAUUCUGUCAUCUGGCUGAUAUUCCGAAUGUGACAACCCAAACAUACUUUACUUGCACCCUCUAUCCUGUGGCCCAGGUCUGUGAUAAUACCGUCAACAGCAUCCAUGAGAACUGCAGCACUGUGUUACCUCAGAAGCCAAACAUUUUAUUUCAGAAAAUGGUGUCUCUAGAAGGGAGCAUAAAGAACUUUUACACCCGUUUACCUUUCCGUAAAGUUUCAGGAAUCUCUGUGAGAAACAAAAUGGAUGUCUCCGGGAAGGCUGUUGGAGACGGGUUCUUGGACUGUGAACGCCUCUGUGACACGGAUCCUUGUUGCACGGGCUUCGGACUUUUAAAUGCUUCCCAAGGAACAGAUGGCAAAGUGUUGUGCUUGACUCUGAACAGUCUGGGAAUCCAAACCUGCAGUGAAGAACUGAGAAAUGUCUGGCAUGUUUCAAACUGUUCGUCUCUGGAAACAGAAGCCAGGAUCCAUCCCUUUGGCUGGUACCAAAAAGGAGCCGAACUGACCGGCUUGUCCGAUGUCCCCGGUGUGUGCCCCCCUGUUUAUCUGCCCGGAAGAGGAGAAGAAAACGGUUUGGGCAAGUGGCAACGUGUAGAUGAGUCUUCAGUUCUCAUUGAUCCCUCCAUUUCGCAAUUCGAUAUUGUGUACCUCAGUGGACAAGCCUCCGGUGAUUUUGCUUCUGCCCGAGACUUUUGCCUGUCAGUCUGUUCCAAGAACAAAUUUUGCCUGGUGACCACUUUGGAAAUACAGCCCUCAGCAACACGGUGCAUGUUCUACCCAGAAACCCAGAACUGCAGACUUAGCCUGCAAGGGCAUCACUGUCAACUCUUGCUCAAGGAGCCAGCUACGUAUAUCUAUCACAAGCAAGAUGCAUUCCCACCCAUCGCUGGAACGAGCGGCACCAUGACUGUGAACAUCCCUUCGCAUGGAGUAUUGUAUGGUGCUUCUAAGGUCAUCCAAGUAGGCGCCAACUGGAAGGGCAUCCACCAGUUCCUUGGGAUCCCAUAUGCAGCUCCUCCCGUGGCAGAGAACCGCUUCCGCCCGCCACAGGUUUUCACUCAGGUGGAGUCCUGGAAUGCUACCAUGACUCGGGCUAGUUGCUGGCAACCUGGAGAUGAUGAGACCAGACCUUCGGCUGUCAGUGAAGACUGUUUGUAUUUGAACAUCUAUGUCCCCGAUCACACUGGUGGAAAUAUGUCUGUGCUGGUUUUCUUUCACAACGGUGUGGCUGGGGACAGUGACCAAACAAGGAUCAUCAUCGAUGGCUCGUAUUUAGCUGCCGUUGGCAAUAUCGUUGUCGUCAUUGUGAAUUACCGUGUGGGAGUCUUUGGCUUUCUUAGCACUGGCUCCUCUCUGGCAAGUGGCAACUGGGGCCUGCUGGACCAGGAAGCAGCUCUGAAAUGGACACAGGAAAACAUCGCAAGCUUCGGAGGCGACCCCAGCCGGAUUACAAUUGCAGCCGAUCGCAGUGGAGCCGACGUCGCCAGCCUGCACCUUGUUGCAGGGGCCGCUGACUUGGGGCUCUUCAAGAGAGCACUGUUGAUGGGAGGUUCUGCUUUCUCUCCAGCAUCAGUAAUCAGCAAGGAAAAAGCACGGGAGCAAGCUGCCAAUCUGGCCGCCGAAUUUGGCUGCCCUUCAGUCAACAGCGAAGAAAGCGUCUCCUGCCUCCGCCAGCUGCCUGCCAAAGCACUCAACGAUGCGCAAACCAGGCGACUUGCUGUAAGCGGGCCCUUUAACUACUGGAGCCCAGUGGUCGAUGACUUCUACCUUCAAGAACCUCUAACAUCAGCCUUGCAACGCUCUCAAGCCAUAAAGUUGGAUCUGCUCAUUGGAAGCUCUCAACAAGAUGGGCUGAUCAGCCGAGCAAAGGCAAUUAAGCGAUUUGAAGAAAGCCAAGGCCGUGCUGACAGCAAAACAGCCUUCUACCAAGCUCUCCAGAAUUCCUUGGGUGGAGAGGACGCCAAUCUCAUGGUUCAGGAUGCGGCCUCCUGGUUUUAUUCUCUCCAGCACUCAUCUGACGAUUAUGCCUCAUUCUCCAGGGCUUUGGAAAAUGCCACUCGGGACUACUUCAUCAUUUGCCCCACCGUAGAGAUGGCCAGGCACUGGGCAGGUAGCAGCAAAGGAAACGUCUUCAUGUACCACGUCCCAGAGAGUUCUUCCUUGAGCAGUUCAAGUCAGGAGCUCUUGCCAGACAUUCAGUACUUCUUUGGGCUGCCCUUCCAUCCCCAAUAUGAAAACCGAUACACUCUGGAAGAAAAGACACUUUCGUUGUCCAUAAUGCAGUACCUGGCCAACUUUAUAAGAUCUGGAAACCCAAACAACCCUUAUAAAUUCUCAAGAAAAACGACUGGUCUUGCAUCACCUUGGCCUAUAUUCCAAGCAGACGCCGGUGGAGAGAAUUAUAAGGAAUUCACUGCUUCUCUAAAGAACCGUAAAGGGCUGAAAAAAGCCGAAUGUUCGUUCUGGUCUGAUUAUGUCAAGACACUCAAGACUUCUACUGGCUGCGGAAGAGAUCGGCCAAUCUCCAGGGAAGCGAGCGACCAGUUGGCUGCGGAACCUGUUCUUAACACCGCUCAGACAAAGCCAGCGGAAGAAAAGGCAGCCUACAGCAAAUAA